AAAAGGAAUACAUGAGUAUGGUGCUUCCGAGGUUGGAAAAGAAUAUGAGGCAUUGGUCCCAUCGGGGCAUGGUGGAGCUUUCUUGGGAAAUGAUCGCAAGGAUGCUAAAAGAUGGAAUAAAACGCGUAAAUUGCGUAAAUCAAGCGGGCCAACGAUUAACAUUGAUAAUUCGAUUUCUGCGAAUGGAACUAUAAGUGGAACAAUAUGUAGCGGAAUGAUCAACAACAAAGCUGUAGUUAAGAGGAGGAAUCACGAAGAAGACGAAAUCAAUGAAUUUUUUCAAAAACCAAAUGAACAACAAUCCAAUCGUUUGGCGCAUUCUUUCAUUAUCGACCCUGACGACGAAACCUAUAUUCAAAACAAUGUAUUUACCUCUGAAGAACUUGAAGAAAUUCAGGAUUUACGGAUAGUGCUUGAAGCACGACAAAACUGGGAGGGUAGAAACUUCAUCAGGACCAAACACUUUGAUUUUGACUGGAUAAAAAAUAGUGUCCACAAUUUAUUGUUAGAAUAUGAAUCUGGUACAUUACAACGAAAACACUUAGAGCAAUGGUAUAAUAUCCAUGUUUGGUCCUUAAUAGAUAAGUCUUUUAACGAGUUAGAAGAGGUAGAUGUUUCCAGAGGUGAGUCAUGUAGCCUUGCUUCCUCAAAACGUAAAAAUAGUAAAAGGGUAAUUCAAGGAUUAGUCGCAACAACACGAAAAGCUCUUGGAAGAAAAGGUGAUUUAAUUCUAAGAAAAGGAAUACAUGAGUAUGGUGCUUCCGAGGUUGGAAAAGAAUAUGAGGGUGAUAACGGGACGAAAUUACUUAAAGAGAGAGGACUAAAAAGUCCGAAGAUGCUUAAAGAUAUGCUGGUGGACUUGGGCAAUUUCAUAAUGUGGGAAACAAAUAAGUUGCGUCAAUUGGAACUAGUUAGCUUUAUACACGCUGGGCUUUUUAUGAUUUUAUUGCGUAUGGAUGCUCCUGCUGGCUACGUUUGUAGAAUAACAAGAUCAAAUACUUUACAAAUGCCAACCAAUGUUAAAUGUUUUGAGCAAGCCCUCAAAUGUAUAGUUUUAACCUGGAAAGCCAAAGCGAUUAUCCGUAAAACAAUUGAUAUUGUUGAAGGAACAAAUAACAAUGAUAAUGAAGAUGGUGCGUUAGAGGAUUUGCAAGAGGCUGGCGUCCCAAUUUCAUAG